AUGCAUCCUUUUGGUGGGACACCCAUUUGCCCAAGAUGCAACAAAGCGAAAGUCAUUAAGAUUAUGGGCCCGGGUCGCAAACUGUAUCAUAAACCAUGCUUGACAUGCACAUCGUGCGGGAAGCGCUUAGAUUCCUACAACCUAGUUGAGCACGACCAGGAGCCCUAUUGCAAGAACUGCCAUAUCAAGCUUUUCGGGACGAGAGACCUGCGUUUGGCGAAUUUACCCAACCGCGACGAGAUUUUUGUCUCCUCAAUAUCUCCGCCCGUAUCUCCUAAUCGUGCGGCUACAUUCGGUCGCGCUGCUUCGCCACCCGCUCGUGCAUCUAGCAAUAAUGCGCCUCCGCUGCCUAUGAGACGGCAUGCGACUGGCGGCGGAUCCAUCGAUAAAACCCCCUUCAUGGCGUCCUCUCCUGCGCCUCCAAUGCUAAGACCGACACGAACGCUUAGCCCCACUCGUGGGUCCGCACCGGACCGAUCACGAUCUAUCGAGAGCGCCCUAGACGAACAGGACGAGGUGCAAGAUAUGAAUGGAGGACUAAAUUUUCAAACGAACGGACUAGGCACAACUUCGACGCACACAGGUCGCGGCGCAGGUGGCCUUCCGCGGACUGUGCCCUUAAGUCCCGUACGGAACCGGUUCAACAGCGAUGUCACUAGUGACAAAGAUAUGCCUAGUGAAGGAGAGAGUGCGGCUGUUCCGGAGCCGCCCGCACCUGUGUACCCUUCCGAUACUGGAGUUCCGAUGUACUCAUCGCUCGUUCCCACUAGCACAGGAACGCGAUAUGGGAUGGCACUGUCCGGCGGCAACGCUAGUCCGAUGGCGCCUGCUAUGACGGGGAGGCAGUGGGGAGGGGGUACGCCGGUAUGUCCGAAGUGCGGGAAGACUGUUUUUUUUGCAGAGCAGGCAAAAGCGAUCGGCAAGACGUAUCAUAAAGGGUGCUUGCGGUGCACUGAGUGCAACACUCAUCUCGACUCCACCCGCCUUACGGAGAGGGAUGGAAACCCCUUUUGUCACCGAUGCUACAGCAAGCUGUAUGGCCCUCAAGGAAGUGGCUAUGCACUAUUGGGUAAGGCGGGCUCAUAA